UACAAGCCAUGUCCCAACCUGAUUUCUCUCCCUCUCUCCACGUCCAGCCUAAUUUAUCUCGCCCUCACAUGCCUCUCGAUUUCAUCCAUCAAGAACAAGCCACCAACGACAGGCAAACACUCGUGCCUCUAUAAUUCUUUCCAAAUCCAUAAGGCGAUUCCGGGCUUUGAAGAUACGGUUUAUACCCGAGAGAAUUUGGCAUACUUUCUCCUUCUGCUAUCGCCUUCUUCUUGCUUUACGGACGCCAUCUUCACGAUUAAGCAGGGAACAAUUCGUUCUUCUGGUUCAAUGUACGUUUCAUCUCAAGGUUUUAGAGAGAAGAUGAAGAGCAUGAUUUGAAAUCUCCUUGUGACAGACAAUUUCUCCCGCGAAGUCUGUUUUUAUCCUACCCCUUUGCCCUGAUUUUUGUCCCUUAAAUUUUCUAGGUUUCUAUUUAUUGAUCAAAUGUUGUUGGUAUACUUGGAACUGAUCGACUUUUGUAAUCAAUCGUAACCAUUUUUGGGAGAUUCUUGCUAAUUUGUAUCUUCAUCUUUGCUCACUGUGUACCUAGGUCUUCAAAUUCAUCUUUGGACAAGGUAUUCUCCAAUUUACGUGUGUGUUGAUUUACGUUUCUUUGUGUUUUAUAGUCUCUUUCAGUACGGAUUUAUGGUACUCAGUUGGAUUUGAAUUUUUUUUCUGAUAUUGGUUUUGACUUGUUUUGCAUUCUCAGAGUAAAUAAAUUUGAUUUUUUGUGUACUUAUACGCCUAAUGAAGAAAGUUUUUUUAAUUUUUAGUUUGGUGAUCUGACAUGUGAUGGAUGUAUAAUUUGAAUGUUGUUGAUCACUGUUUCUUCGGAAUAUAUUUGUUAUCCCAAAAGAAUCAAAACCUCAAAGCAUUGAGUGUAGAAUCUGUAUAAACAUCUACUUGGUAUUUUUGCUAAAUACAAUACUCUUUCUGACAUGUUUUGCUUUCUACGUAAGCAACUUUGCCCUCAUUCUAGCAAGUUUCUCUUACUUUUCAUUUCGAGGAUGCAAUAUUUCAUAGAAUUAGGAAGGGAAUUUAUCUAUUGUUAUGGAUUGUAAUUUGUUUCUUCUUGUGCAUUCAUUUACUUUGUUUUUAUAGUUGAUUAGAGGCUUAAAGGGGUUGCUUGGGGAAAUGAGUUCUUGGGUGGAACAUAUAGAUCAAAAUGGCUUGGAGAUAUGUACCAUGCCGCUCAACCUGUUGAUCAAGCUGAAAAUAUUAUUGCACCUACACAAAAUAGAACCAGAAGGAAAAUCGAUAGAGGAAGAGGAAGGGGUAAUGUUGCAGUUGACGCAAAAGGGCCUUCGGUAGCAAUACUGGUGAAACCAAGUGCUGCUGGUAGAGGCAAAGGCAUUAGGUUGAUUGAUUCAGACCUGGUGCCUCCUUGUGAGAUUGUUCCUAACACAGUUGCUGUUGGAGUUGUAGGACCUACUAUUGACGAUGUUGCAGAUAAACAUGUUGUUAUGGGAGGUGGAAGUGCUGAAAAAAUCACGGGAGUGGAACAAGAAGGAAAUACAACUCCUGGACCUGAGAAGGUACAAGUGGGUAAUUCUUACAAGCUGGGGGUCUCAUGGGAACAACCACCCAUCUCUUUAAGGAUUUGUAGGUUUUGAAAGUACUUUUGCAAAACCCUGGACUUUUCUAACGUGAAGUUGCUUUAUCAUAAGAUGUACUUCUGGUUUUGAACGAGGUAAGMUACUGGAAUGUUGUUGUAUGCUUCAUAAGGUCAUGGUUUAAUUGUUGCUGAUUUCUGUUCUUGCUUUAAGAUCGGUUUAUGUUUUUGCACAUUUUGCAUUUGCAUGUUAUUUCUGUUCUCUAUUCUUAGCAAUACUGCAAGACGGGCAUGAUCGAAUAAUGGUUUUUGUAUAUUUUGGGUUUUUAAACUAUUAAUGGCAUUUUUUAAAUGGUAAAAACACAUCAAAUUAACUUUUUAUCUUGUUUUAGAAAGAAAAAAAAGAUAUUGUCUGAAUCUUUGUUCAAAAGGGUAUAAAUUUUCAUUCACUGGCUUCAAGUCAUUAGCUUUAUGUACCUUUGGGAUGGAUGUGUCACCAUAGAUCAACUCUUUUAUUAUAAGAAUUUUGUUGGUUCCACUGUUUCUCACCACCCUCCCUCCAUGCAUUUGUCCCUCUCUUACCCCCACCUAACAAGAAAGGGGAUGAAAUCCUGA